AUGGCAUUCCACGAUUCUGAAACGACUUGCUUUAACGUUUAAGAUAAAAGAAUUCGGAUGAAAAUAAGACUUCGGAUAAAAAAGAAGGUAUCGAUUAACCCAGGACCUAUAGGCCAGCAUACUAUGCAGGAAUGGAUCUGUAAAUCACGUGCCCCCCCCUUAGCUUACAUAUCCUACUAUGCAAGAGAGAGCUAACCCCGGUCUUCUCUCCUCAACUUGUUGUUUGACUUGUUUCGUCUCAUUCUACUUAGUUAUAGUAACUGUUAUACCGCACUACCUAUCCGCACUUAGUGUAUCCACUAGACCACGAAGCAUUAAUCACUCUCCAAGUUCGUCAUUGCCUACAACCUCUAGAACAGUGGCAGAGCAUUGGUCAACCCCACAACAUCGGACGAAAGACCCAGCUGUCCACAUAUCGCAGCCCUAUGAUUUUCCCCGUCGAGAGUUUAGACUCUUUAGAGCCAUCUCGUCAGGGGUUGGCUCGGUGAUCAUCGGGUCGACAUACUAUGUACGAAGUGCUAUGUCAGUAUCAUACCCUACCUAUGUAGGUUAGAACUUCACUACGGCAUGAAUGACUAGUUAGCUAGUCGGGAAUACUCAAUCUCGUAAAUCUCGCUCAUUUUCAACCGGUCGAUCAGGAAUGCUUGACCUUCCAAGGCUUCCUUCUAACGGGAUAC